CUUAUCAGUGCCAGUCAGUGCCACCUACCAGUGCUGCCUAUCAGUGCCCUACCAGUGCCUCCUCAUCAGUGCCCAUCAGUGCCACCUAUCACUGCCCAUCAGUGCAGCCUAUCAGUGCCCAUCACUGCAGCCUCAUUAACGCACAUCAGUGAAGGAAAAAAAUCACUUAUUUACAAAAUUUUAAAACAAAAACUAAGAAAAAACUUAUUUUUUUCAAAA